AGUGCGCCCCAGGGGGUGCGAAGUUGGAGAUAGAGGGCGCUGCUACUCUAUUUCUGAAUUGCCCUCGUACUCCUAAGACUCUCUCUGAGUCCAAAACGACACGUGACCAGGGGACACAAACUGAUGGCGAUGAAUUGAUUUCGGAUAUGUGUGAGACAAUAAAAUCUUUACGCAAACAGCUAAAGGAAGCUCUCGAGAGUUCACCUCCUUCUAGGGCUGAAAAACCAGAUGCUGAUGUUGCUACCGAUGAAGAUGAAAGAAUAAUCAGCAAUCAGCAGAAAACUGCCCUAAUACAAAAUCAUAGAAGAAACCAUAAGCGAAGCUCGAGUUCUUGUAUUACGGCCAAUAAUCCAAACUCGGACACUGGUGCAUCUGAGGAUGAGUGGAAGCCUGAGGAUUACAGGCCAAGCAAGCAAAAUAUUAAUGACAUCAAGACACCUAAGGGGAAUGAGCCGGUGCCGAUUGGAGAGGGAUACGCAACAGUACCAGCCAGGGUCCUUAAGCAAAUUGAUUGGAGAUCAUACACUAGUGCGACAAGGAAACUGUUGACUUCGGUGUUUACACGCCGAGAGUUAGCGACUCAUUCAUUGACCGGGAAAUCUUCUCCUGCCUUCCCGGGAAAACCUGCGAAGAAACGUCUCAAUCCCGAGCUCGUCAAUGACAUCGUGCAGACUGUCGUUGAAAAAUCAAAGGUCAACGCAAGCUUGGUGCGAACGAGUAUAACUACGAAAUGUGCUGAUGAGAGCAAAAUGUACCGCAAUCGUCAAAAAAAUAAAAAGAACCAAGAAAACUUUCCUCCAUCGCCGCAUAAUGAUAAAUGAAACUUCUUCUUGUUUAGAUAACAUGAACUAAACAUUCAACCUACCUACUUAAACCUUUGUAGUUUUUUUAUUUAAGAAAGCAAAAACUUUAUUAUUGUACUAAAAGUUUUAUAUUUUUAACGAACUUAGAAUAUAGGGAUGAACUAACUAGCUGUAAUGUAACUUAUAAAUUUUACAUUUAAUUUUAAGAAAAUUAUGCAAUCCCAGUGCAAUUAGCUUAGUAUAUUUGAUUAUCUAUCUCAAAUUGUAUUCAUAUAACGAAUAAUAAUUUAUAAAUAUUUGCA